AGUGAAUGAGGUGCUGUGGUGAGAGAGAUGAAUGGCGUUCAUACUGGGAAUCCGAGGGGCAAACUACACCAGUGGCACCAGAGCCUCUGCCGUCAAUGAGGCCCCUCCUGUGUGGUCAGAAGAGCCGUCAAUUAUCAGCCAUCACUCUCCAGCACAGUCCGCCGCUAUUUCCUGGCAGGCGGCGAUUAAUGCGGCAAAACAAUCUCAGGGUCCCCCCCAGACUGCAAGCUUCCAGUCAGCAGUGGGGUCAGCUCCGGUGGGGUCACUGGCCCAGAGGAAACGGCAGCAAUAUGCCAAAAGCAAGAAGCAGGGGAGCACCACAAACAACAGACCGCCAAGAGCACUAUUCUGCCUGACUCUCAAUAACCCUGUACGCAGAGCAUGCAUUGACUUAGUAGAGUGGAAACCUUUUGAUAUCUUUAUACUGCUGUCAAUUUUUGCCAACUGUGUGGCCUUAGCUGUUUACAUCCCCUUUCCGGAAGAUGAUUCCAACUCAACUAAUCAUGAUUUGGAAACAGUAGAAUAUGCCUUUCUGAUCAUUUUCACGAUAGAGACCUUCCUUAAGAUAAUCGCAUAUGGGCUUGUGAUGCACCAGAACUCCUAUGUGAGGAAUGGCUGGAACAUGCUGGAUUUUGUUAUAGUUAUUGUAGGUCUCUUCAGUGUGGUUUUGGAGCUGAUAACUAAAGAUCGCGAAGUCAGUGGUCAGUCUGGAGGGAAGCCUGCAGGGUUUGAUGUUAAAGCUUUACGAGCAUUCAGAGUUCUGCGACCACUCCGCCUCGUCUCAGGAGUGCCAAGUUUACAGGUGGUGUUAAACUCAAUCAUUAAAGCGAUGGUUCCUCUGCUCCACAUUGCUCUGCUCGUACUCUUUGUCAUCAUCAUCUACGCCAUCAUCGGUCUGGAGCUCUUCAUUGGGAAGAUGCACACUACCUGCUACCUGAACGGCACAAGUACUUUAGCAGAAGAGGAGCCUGCACCCUGCUCUCCAUCAGGUCAUGGACGACACUGCACUCUCAAUGGCACCGUGUGCAGAGACGGCUGGCACGGGCCCAACAACGGCAUCACAAAUUUUGACAACUUCCUGUUUGCCAUGCUAACAGUGUUUCAGUGUAUCACUAUGGAGGGCUGGACUGAUGUGCUGUACUGGAUGAAUGAUGCGAUGGGCUUUGAGUUGCCCUGGGUUUAUUUUGUCAGUCUGGUCAUCUUCGGCUCAUUCUUUGUCCUCAAUCUAGUGUUGGGUGUUCUCAGUGGCGAAUUCUCUAAGGAGCGUGAGAAGGCGAAGGCUCGUGGAGAUUUCCAGAAGCUCCGUGAGAAACAGCAGCUGGAGGAGGAUCUGAAGGGCUAUCUGGACUGGAUCACACAAGCUGAAGACAUUGACCCUGAUAAUGAUGAAGAGGGAGAUCAGGAGACCAAGCGCAACCCAAGUGUCCCCACAAGUGAGACCGAGUCUGUGAACACUGAUAACCCUGGAGAAGAUGAGAGGGUGUGCUGUGGACCCAUCUAUCGCUGGCGCUGCUGGAACAGGUUCUGUCGCAGGAAGUGCAGAGCUUUGGUGAAAUCCACAGUCUUCUAUUGGUUGGUGAUUCUGCUGGUGUUUCUAAACACGCUCACCAUAUCAUCUGAACAUUACAACCAACCUGACUGGCUCACUGAGGUGCAGGAUGUGGCUAAUAAGGUGUUGUUAGCCCUGUUCACGUGUGAGAUGCUGAUAAAGAUGUACAGUCUGGGGCUUCAGGCGUACUUUGUGUCACUCUUCAACCGUUUCGAUUGCUUUGUUGUUUGUGGGGGCAUCGUGGAGACGAUCCUGGUGGAACUGGAGAUCAUGUCUCCUCUAGGCAUCUCGGUCUUCCGCUGUGUGCGGCUCCUCAGAAUCUUCAAAGUCACACGUCACUGGGCGUCUCUGAGUAAUCUGGUGGCGUCUCUUUUAAACUCCAUGAAGUCCAUCGCGUCUCUGCUUCUGCUGCUCUUCCUCUUCAUCAUCAUCUUCAGUUUGCUAGGCAUGCAGCUCUUCGGCGGCAAGUUCAACUUUGACGAGACUGUUACCAAGCGAAGCACCUUCGAUAACUUCCCUCAAGCCCUGCUAACUGUGUUUCAGAUCCUGACAGGUGAGGACUGGAAUACAGUGAUGUAUGAUGGCAUUAUGGCUUAUGGAGGCCCUUCUUCAUCAGGCAUGCUUGUGUGCAUCUACUUCUUCAUCCUCUUCAUCUGUGGAAACUAUAUCUUACUAAAUGUGUUCUUGGCCAUUGCUGUGGAUAAUCUAGCAGAUGCAGAGAGUCUGAACUCAGCUCAAAAAGAGGAAGAGAGUAAAAACAAGAGGAGGAAGAGCUGCAGUUUGAGCAUACAGAAGGAAGAAGGUGAGGACGGAAACUCUAAGUUGUCAGCAGACGAGGAGUGUGAUGAAGAUCAAACAGAUGAAUUGGCUGACUCUACAGGUAGGGAUGAGGAAGAUGAGCCUGAGGUGCCAUUAGGUCCGCGACCCCAGACAUUGUCAGACCUCAAAGAGAAGACCCCACCCAUCCCAGAGGGCAGCGCCUUCUUCAUCUUCAGCAGUUCCAACCCGUACGGCACACAAAAAUCAUGUUGUUUCAAACCUGUAUGAUUAACUUUCUUUUGUGUAACGAUUCGUGUGGCAUGUCAUCGACUGAUUAAUCAUCAAAUCUUCACCAAUCUCAUCCUCAUCUUCAUCAUGCUGAGCUCUGUCUCACUGGCUGCUGAAGAUCCCAUCCGAAACUUCUCUGCCCGAAACAUCGUUCUUGGUUAUUUUGACUAUGCCUUCACUGCAAUAUUUGCAGUGGAGAUCCUGCUGAAGAUGACAGCAUUUGGUGCUUUCCUACACAAAGGAGCUUUCUGCAGAAAUUACUUCAAUUUACUAGAUCUGCUGGUGGUUGGAGUCUCUCUGGUUUCCUUUGGCAUACAAUCAUCAGCUAUUUCAGUUGUGAAGAUUUUAAGGAUUCUGCGUGUGCUUCGUCCUCUGAGGGCCAUCAACAGGGCCAAAGGACUCAAACAUGUAGUUCAAUGUGUGUUUGUGGCAAUCAGAACUAUAGGGAACAUCAUGAUCGUCACCACACUCCUGCAGUUCAUGUUUGCCUGUAUCGGUGUGCAGCUCUUUAAGGGGACGUUUUAUCGCUGUACAGAUGAUGCAAAGUCAAGUCCAGAAGACUGCAAAGGGACGUAUAUCGUAUACAGUAUCGGUGAAACGGCACUGCCACAGGUGCGAGAGAGGAUCUGGUACAACAGUGACUUUAACUUUGAUAAUGUGCUAAUGGCCAUGAUGGCACUCUUCACCGUCUCAACGUUUGAGGGCUGGCCCGCGCUGCUAUACAAGGCCAUUGACUCAAACAGGGAGAACAUGGGCCCCAUUUACAACUACCGUGUAGAGAUCUCCAUCUUCUUCAUCAUCUACAUCAUCAUCAUCGCUUUCUUCAUGAUGAACAUCUUUGUGGGCUUCGUGAUCGUCACAUUUCAGGAGCAGGGCGAGAAAGAGUACAAGAACUGUGAGCUAGACAAGAACCAGCGUCAGUGUGUGGAAUACGCUUUGAAAGCACGUCCACUGAGAAGGUACAUCCCUAAAAACCCAUACCAGUAUAAAUUCUGGUAUGUGGUGAACUCGACGGGCUUCGAGUACAUCAUGUUUGUGCUCAUCAUACUCAACACACUCUGUCUGGCUGUUCAGCAUCAUGGCCAGUCCCAUCUUUUCAACUAUGGGAUGGACGUUUUGAACAUGGUGUUCACUGGAGUCUUCACAGUGGAAAUGAUUCUCAAACUGAUUGCUUUCAAACCGAGGCAUUAUUUUGCUGAUGCAUGGAACACUUUUGAUGCCUUAAUUGUUGUUGGUAGCGUCGUUGACAUUGCAAUCACAGAGAUUAAUAACACGGAGGAAAGCGCGAGAAUCUCCAUCACAUUCUUCCGUCUGUUUCGUGUAAUGCGGUUGGUGAAGCUGCUGAGCAGAGGAGAGGGCAUCCGCACACUCUUAUGGACCUUCAUCAAGUCAUUCCAGGCUCUCCCAUAUGUGGCAUUGCUCAUAGCUAUGCUGUUUUUCAUAUAUGCUGUUAUUGGAAUGCAGGUGUUUGGGAAGAUCGCCAUGGUGGAUGGAACCAGUAUUAAUCGUAAUAAUAAUUUCCAGACGUUUCCACAAUCUGUGCUGCUGCUCUUCAGAUGUGCGACGGGCGAGGCUUGGCAGGAGAUAAUGUUGGCGUGUUUGCCUGGUAAACAGUGUGACUCUGAAUCGGACUAUAAUCCUGGAGAGGAGAAGACCUGCGGCAGCACCUUCUCCAUCCUCUACUUCAUCAGCUUCUACAUGCUCUGUGCUUUUCUGAUCAUUAAUUUGUUUGUUGCUGUCAUCAUGGACAACUUUGACUACCUGACGCGUGAUUGGUCGAUUCUUGGGCCACAUCAUUUAGAUGAAUUCAAGAGGAUCUGGUCAGAAUAUGAUCCUGAGGCCAAGGGUCGUAUCAAACAUUUAGAUGUGGUGACGUUACUGCGUAGGAUUCAGCCACCGCUGGGGUUCGGCAAAUUGUGUCCUCAUCGAGUGGCCUGCAAGAGGUUGGUUGCCAUGAACAUGCCAUUAAAUAGUGAUGGUACAGUGAUGUUUAACGCCACACUGUUCGCCCUGGUCAGAACUGCUCUAAAGAUUAAGACUGAAGGGAAUCUGGAACAAGCCAAUGAGGAGUUACGAGCUGUAAUCAAGAAGAUCUGGAAGAGAACCAGCAUGAAACUCCUGGACCAAGUGGUGCCACCUGCUGGAGAUGAUGAGGUGACAGUAGGGAAGUUCUACGCAACAUUCCUUAUACAGGAAUACUUCAGAAAAUUCAAGAAACGUAAAGAGCAAGGACUUGUGUGCCAACCCCAUUUCAACAGCGCCACUGCUCUACAGGCCGGUCUGCGCACGCUGCAUGAUAUCGGUCCGGAGAUCCGCCGGGCAAUAUCAUGUGAUCUACAGGAUGAAGGUCUGGUAGACUUGAACCUCGAUGAAGAGGAGGAGAUAUUCAGGAGGAAUGGCGUUGUGAUUAGGAAUCAUGUGAAUGGAGAUCAGUGCAGCAGCAGUGCAACACAGCGCCCUCUACAGCUUCCUCUCUGUAUCACCCACGACUCACAGAAUUACUGUCAGUCAAACACAGACUCCAGAUCAUCCAACAUCAACAGUGCUAACACACCAGCAACCCUGACCAACGGUUGGCACAGUCACAGCGCUCGGUCCCCCAGAGGUCUGUUGUCUUCCCUCAGCUCGUACCUGAACAUCAGGAGUGAUGCCGAAACACAGCUCAGUGCUCAGUACUCUUGUGCUGUUGGGUACCCGAGCAUCCACAUUGAGAACUCCACACAUGAUGACAUCAGUGAUGAUGACAAGACCUCAGGAGACUAUUACAGCGGAGAAGAGUGUCACGAGGAUGGUGUCUUCCUGCCAAGAGACCGGUCAUGUAAGGACUUUCAGGACGCUGUCUGUGAAGGUGGUGCAGGUGGAGCUCUGGAUGUGUGUGAAUGUAUCUGUGACGAGGAUGAGCAGCUCAUAUUCCAGCAGCCCCACAGGGCAUCCAAACAAUGCCUGCUGUCUACAGCUCAAUCUUCUCACAGACCCACUUUCCAUUUCGAGUGCCUACGCAAACAGAGCAGUCAAGACGAGAUUCCCCUGCGACACACAGAUCUGCUGCCACACCAUCAGGUAAAGGCAGUAACCGGACAAGAAUCAAAUCGAGCACGACUCUCUCCCACUCGUUCUAUCCGCUCAUGGGUCACACCACCGACCACGCCUCCAUAUACCCCUCUCCUUCAGGCCCAACCCAGCUCCAGCAGCACUCCGGGAUUGGCUCACAGUGGCUUGUGGAAUGCCCAGAAGGGGUCUGAUUGGUCAUCAUGUUGUCCCUCCCCCUCUCACCUGCAGAUCCCGUGUGCUCAGUACCUGCAGCAACACAGCAGUGCACACAGUCUGGUUGAAGCAGUGCUGAUAUCUGAGGGAUUAGCCGAAUAUGCAAAAGAUCCAAAAUUUGUGACGGUUACUAAACAGGAGAUUGCUGAUGCUUGUGAAAUGACAAUUGAUGAGAUGGAAAGUGCUGCCAGCAGCUUACUAAACAUCACGCUAGGUCAAGGGGUGGAGUCAGAUGACACCGGCAUGUGUCUUAGCAACAGGGAUCGCAGUCUCCUUGACUACAGCGAUGAGGAUGUGGGCCCAAGCAGCAGACGCGAUGAGGAUCUCACAGACGAAAUGAUCUACAUUUCAACGUUAUAGCCAAGAACUCAAGCACACAAUCAUUUACGGAAUGAGGGAACCGUGCCUUUAACAGGAGCGUCAUGGAGAGUUGUGUUGAUUUACAUGGACCAAUUUCUUUUCAACCUUUUCAUUUAGUUCACAAAGCUUUUGAUAUCUUUACUUGACAAAUUUCUAGUAAGAUCCAAAUGUUAUUUCUA